AUGGUUCUCAGUUCUAGGUCUUCCCGAACGGUCCCAUUCUGGUUCGGCCUUGCCAAACCAUUCCAAACCAUUAUCGACUUCAACUUCGACUGCGACUGCGACAAAGUCGGUCUCCACAUCAAACUGCUGUCUUCGGGAUUUGCACUAUUGGUUAAUCAGGCUACCUUCAGCCUUUUCAAGGCACCUUUGAUUUGUGUCCCACCAAUCAUCCAGACUGAACCAUCACUCAGCUCCAUCUUGCCGUUGUCCACCCACAAAUUACAGCUCCUGUUGCCAAUAAACCCAGCCUAUUCCCACCCAUCUACUCCACAAAUAACCACCACCACCGCACCUACCACGUCAUCUACACCCUCCAUACCGGACUUUUUCGCUAAGCCAAUUGCACCGUCAACGCCUGCACCUGCAGCUCCUUCAUUUUCUUUUGGUCCCAUGCCCGCACAGCCGCUGUUUGCUGCACCUACUUCCACAUCCACCAAUCCCUUCUCUGCACCAGCAGCAUCAAGCACAGAAACUGGCAAACCAGCACCAUUCCCCUUCGCAAAACCAACCCAUACCACUUCAAGCAAUGCUGCCCCAACUUCUGCCCCAUCCACACCUGCACCACUGAAGUUUGACUUUGGCAAGAAGCCUGCAAGCACGAUCCCAAAGCCUACUGCUGCACCUUCCCCUACCACAACUGUUGCCGACACCGCAAAAUAG